AUGCGUCUCCUAAAUGUUGACAGCCUCCAGCUCAAAUAUUUCGUCGGCGAGCCUGGUCAUGGCGUGCCCGGUUAUGCUAUUCUUUCCCACGUCUGGGGCGACGACGAGAUUUCCUUCCAAGAAAUGACCGAAAACGUAUACCCCUCGACGCCAGCUUCGCGGAAAGGGCUUCAGAAAAUCCUUGGCUUUUGCGACAAGGCGAAAUCUGACGGCCACAGUUGGGUAUGGAUCGAUACCUGUUGCAUCGACAAGUCUUCCAGCGCAGAGCUUUCCGAGGCCAUCAACUCCAUGUUCAACUGGUACAGAAACGCUGCGGCUUGCUACGCUUACUUGUUCGAUGUCACAAGCGACGAGGACCCGGCAGGACCACAGUCUGCGUUCCGGUCGAGCAAGUGGUUUACGCGCGGUUGGACACUCCAGGAGUUGCUCGCACCUUUCGAGGUAGCAUUUCUCGCGAUGGACUGGCGUGAACUUGGUGCAAAGUCUGAUUUGGCCCGCAUCAUUGCAGAAAUUACUCGAAUUGAUCAACAGGUACUGUCGACCUGUGUUUGGGAUGACGUUAGUAUAGCAGCCAUCAUGUCUUGGGCUGCAAACAGACGUACAACAAGGGUGGAGGAUGAGGCAUACUGUCUGACGGGGUUAUUCAACGUGAAUAUGCCUCUCAUUUACGGCGAGGGACGAAACGCCUUUUAUAAUCUGCAAUUGGAAAUUAUCAAGUCUUCGGAUGAUCAGUCAAUUUUUGCCUGGACGUGUGAGCCUGAGGGGCCAUCUACAUUGUCUCUUUACGAACAAGACGCGAGGCCACUCGGAAUGUUGGCAACGUCUCCCCGAGCUUUUGCCAAGUGUUCCGCCAUUGUAGACACGUACCUUCAUACGGAUCACGAUAUAUCGUUCGAUAUCGAAAAACAGUUCGUUCGAUUGGUUGCGGCAACCAUGCAAUUGUGUCGGGAGGUGAAAGUGGAAAGCGAAAAGCAACUUAUACCCGUCUCUUUCGUUGUUCCUACAGCAGCCCAUUCAGACCCAGAUGGCGCGGUGAUUUCCAUGGCAGACGUUAUCAAGUCCUGGCCACGGCAGAUUCCUUGGGGCCAUGUCCACAUAGCUGUUCUCCGAUGCACAGAUGACGAAGGUCACAUUGUCAUUUUGAUGGAGAAGAAAUCUGACGGCAAAUACGAGAGGAUUGGCAGCCACCAUUUCCCAUGGCUCAGAGCUCUUGUCACUGAGAAUAAAAAGUCGAAUCAGACCAUGCAUAUCCGUGCUCGAGCAAAACAACAUGUAUCAAAGGGUAACAGAGACAGCCUCCGGGGUUCUCACUAUGGCGGCAAUGGAGCAGUUGUCAAAACCAUCCCCGGCUCGGGGUAUAUGAUUUCACAUAGCCGACCUGCCAAUUUUACGCCUGUCCAAGGAAAGAUAAUGUCAUAUGUGGAUAUGAACCUUGUUGGUUCUAGUAUAAAGAAGGCGAUUGGGGUGGUCACUCCACUUGUGCUCUUCUUUCGACAUGCCCGAUCGGCCGAGCAUUCUUCUUUUGCAAUUCGUUUUGACCGUGUAGGGCCAUAUGGAAGCUACCUUUAUAAGAUCAGCUUUCGCGUUGGAGUGACUGUGUGGGAAGAUGACGGCAGUGACAAGCAAAACCCCCAGAAUGACAAGAACGGAGAGACCGCCCAGUCACCUAUGUUCCCACCAGACUCUCCGCAAGUCAGCUUCCCGAUAUCGAGUGACUGUGUCCUUAGGCUUCGUUAUCGAAGGACAGCUCCCAUGUUUGAGGACUUUGUCAAUGUGUCCAUCGAAACUCCACUCCCCUGGCAGCCCGUUCUGGAAGAUCCCCUGGCAGCCUGGGCUGUUUUCUUUGCUCAUAAUUUCGGGAGAAACGCCGAGAACUUGGCGCAGUUUGCUCCGCAGGACAGGGUGACCCGGACCAAAACGUUGUGCCACCUGGAAGAUCAACAAGAUCAGAUACAUACUAGUACUACCAGAGCAGGCUUGUCGGAGCCAAAGAGAUCAAUGAGCAAGUCGCCGCCACUAGCGGCAUCGUUACCGGGCUCAGCAGAUGUCAAAUCGGACUUGAGGGGGGCCACGCUGUCUGCAGACUGUGCGGUUUCGGAUACAUUGCCUGCAUAG